AUGAAUCGUCUCCGCUUCUACUACGGAACGGGAUGUUGGUCGUAUAUAGGAAAGCAAGCAUCAUGGACAAGUCAGGAUAUCUCCAUCGGUAACGGAUGCAAUAGUCUCGGCACAGUAGCGCAUGAAAUUGCCCAUGCGCUCGGAUUCUACCAUGCUCAAUCACGCUACGAUCGUGAUUCCUACAUACGGGUCAACCUCAAUAAUGUUCAAUCAGGAUACGAAGGGAAUUUCGUGAAGCAAACUCCAGCAACUGAAAAUCAUUUCGGACUCGGGUACGAUUUCGGCAGUGUCAUGCACUACGGAGGAUAUGCAUUUGCUAUGAACACGAAUAUCUAUACGAUACAAACACUCCAACCGGAAUAUCAGAACACACUGGGACAACGAGAACGUCCAGCAUUUUCGGAUGUUCGACUCAUGAAUUACUACUACAACUGCUCCAAUCUCUGCACAAACGUUCCCGUACCACCAUGUCGUUCACCGGGUAUUCCGAAUCCGCGAAGCUGCAGUCAGUGCUUAUGUCCAGAAAUGUUUGCCGGGUCAUUCUGCCAAAACCUACCGACUGGUACAGCAGCCAAUUGUAAUGGAAAAGUUGUACAGGCCACUUCUUCCUCAUGGACUACGCUGAAUGGCGUAGCCGGAAAUCCGAACAGCUACGCAAUGUUGGGUAUUACUGACUGCUACUGGCAUAUUUCCGUAAGUCGUCUUAGAAUAGGGAAGUUCAAAAAAUGA